AUGCAGAUCAAAGCCGUCUCCAACUUGCUUUUUGCGGCAGCCUUCCUCAAGGGAGCGUAUGCAGCUUUCUGCCAAGUUGGUGCUUACACUGGUGUCGGUCCAAAUGGGUGCACCGGUCAAAACGUAGGAGAGGCUUCUCAAGACGGCCAGGGCGAGUCACCAUGUCAGCCAGCUGGGGCAGGGAUCUGUCUUUUCGGGGAAGAUGCACGAGAUGGACAGUACUGCGUUGGCUAUGGCUACGCAACGGAUGACUGCAGUGGGCCUGGACAGGUGGUCGGCUGUGACGCUAUCACCAACAAAGUCACUGGUAAUUGGCAGUCGAUUGAUGUUGUAUGGCAGGAAUAG